AUGAAGCAUAGAACACAUGGCCAGCAAAACAAAAAAAGUUUGUCUAACUUGUUAAGCAUGGAAAACCAUAUGUUUCCUCACAUUCCAUCACAAGAAUCUUUGGACUGGGCAUAUGCCAUGAGGAGAGAAAUGCAGGAAAUUUUACCAAAUCUCUACUUGGGACCAUAUGCUGCUGCAAUGAAAUCAAAGCUGAACGUAUUAACCCAGACAGGAAUAACUCAUAUCAUAUGCAUCAGACAGGCAGUAGAGGCAAACUUCAUUAGAGCCAACUUUCCAGAUCAUUUCAGAUACCUUGUACUUGAUAUUGCAGACAGUGUAACAGAAAAUAUAAUACAAUACAUACCUCAGGUAAGACAGUUUUUGGAAGAGUGUUUUUGCAGUGGUGGAAAGGCAUUAGUACAUGGUAAUGCAGGAAUUUCUAGAAGUGCAGCUUUAGUAAUUGCAUAUAUCAUGGAAAAGUAUGGACUUAGUUAUAAAGACACCUUCUUUUAUGUUCAACAGAAAAGAUUUUGCAUAAAUCCAAAUGAUGGCUUUGCUCAACAGUUAACGGAGUAUGAACCUAUUUACAGAGCAAAACUAAGUUUUCUUAGUGGGAGUAGAUCCACUGAUAAUUGUUUAUUGAAGAGGAAAUAUGUCGAUGACACUGAUGAGGAUGAAGAAAUGAGAUUGCCCACAUGAAAAAAUUCAAACUUUUUUAAUUACCACAAAUCAAGUGGUGGCUCCUAGUCACAUAAAAUAUGCAGCUUGUGUUAGAACCAGCGAGACUCUUGUUGCAGAAAUAAAUCAGUGAUGAAUUUUGGUUGUUAAAUUACAUUGAUAUGUUGAUAAUGGAUUUGUGGCAUUAUUUUGUUAUUGAUUGUAUAUAAUCAUUUUUUUGUACUUUUAAUACCUACAUUUGUACAAGGUUAAAUUCAGUAACUUGAAUAUCAAGUUGACAGGAAAACAAAGUGAUGCAGUGCUUUCACUUGUCAAAGACACGUUUGUGAAUAUUUAUCUUUUUUUAAUCAGACGUUUCCAUGCAUGUUGUAAUUCUAAAUAAUUCCAUUGUUAUCAGUAGUUUUAAGUGAUUUCUUGGUAAAGUAAAUCUGUUGUUUCACAGUGUGAAAUUAUAGGAUAUAUUUCCUUCUUUUAUAUUGACAAUAGUUGCAGCUCACAAUGACAUUACAAUGGUAGCACUCUUGAUGGUUGAUACCAAUUUUGAUUGAUGAAUUUGUCUUGUUUUGUUUAAUAUUUCCUGGGAGACUGUAGUUUUUCUUAGUUUUGUUAAUUUGUAGAAAUCAGUAGAUCACCUUUCGUUGAUUGAAUAUUAACUGAUGCCCCCUAAGCACAUCAAAUACUACUGUCAUUACCAUUUAUAUGGAAUUUUAAAUAACCAUAAAUAGUUAUUCCCUUUGAGUCUUGACCUAUUUUAUUGAUAUUUGAAUUCUGCUUCUACUCAUUCUAUAGUUAUUUACCCAAAAUCUUUUAAUUGUCUCUCCGUGCGUCCGUCUUUCCGGUCUUGUUAGCGCUCUCACGUGUACAAUUCAUGCCGAAUUGUUUUAAACUUAUAUCAUUGGUUUUUAUCAGUAAUGUGUCGACGAGUUCGAAAAUCAGUGCUGAUCAAUUAUUUUUAAAAGAGUAAUGCCCUUUAGAAAUAUUAAUUGUAUGGAAAAUUGCAUUGUUAGCGCUCUCACAUGUACAAUACUUGCCAGAUAUUUAUGAAACUUAUAUCAUAGGUUUAUAUCAGCAAUGUCUCGGACGAGUUCGGAAAUCAGUGCCAGUCAAUUAAUUUUAAAAGAGUUAUGCCCCUUGUAAAUAUUAAUUAUAUGGAAAAUUGCAUUGUUAGCGCUCUCACAUGUACAAUUCUUGCCAGAUUUUUAUGAAACUUAUAUCAUAGGUGUGUAUCAGCAAUGUCUCGGGUGAGUUCAAAAAUCAGUGCCGAUCAAUUAUUUUUAAAAGAGUUAAGGCCCUUGGAAAUAUUAAUUAUAUGGAAAAUUGCAUUGUCAGCGCUCUCACGUGUACAAUGCUUGCCAGAUUUUAAUGAAACUUAUAUCAUAGGUUUAUAUCAGCAAUGUCUUGGACAAGUUCAAAAAAAUCAGUGCUAAUCAAUUAUUUUUAAAACUAAUUGGAGUUAUGCCCCUUGGAAACAAUAAUUUUAUUGGAAAUUGCAUUGCAUUUGCUCUCAAGCCUUCAUUUCUCCAAGAUAUUUAUAAAAAUAAAAUUUUAAGUUAUUGCCCUUGGACAGAUAAAAUAUGUGCAACACGGGGGACAUUGGAACUCUGUUCUUUUAUUAAAAAGAAAACAAUAAGAUACAAUUACAUAAGACUCCAAAUUAAAUAUAUAUAUUUUAUAACAGAAACCAAAUUUAUACUAUUUUCCAUAUUUUCAUGAAAAUAAGUUUUGGAAUUUAAUUAAGAAUUCUAUGAACCAUGACAUAUUUAUUGAUACCUUUGUGAUACAAUUAUUGUAGAUCACAAAGUGCAGCAGAGAAAAGACUUUUUAAGAUCCUUUUCUUUUACAAAAAAUAUUACCAAUAAAUCAAAUACUAAUCUACUAGUAGGAUUUGGAAAGUCUAUGGACCACUACAUUUUUAAAUUUAAUAUGGGUGCAAAAUUCUAUACAUAUUGAAUUGGAGGGUUGUGUACUAAAAAAAUAAGUGUCACAUUACCACAUAUUGUUAAUUAUUAACCUGAGUCUGGAAUUUCAUCAGUGUUCGUUCUAAGUUGUUUCUUUUAGUUUCUAAUUUUCAUACAUUUAGAAAAUGAGUUUUGUUUGCAGAUCUUCAGUUGUCUCUGUUGAAUUCAUAUUUAAACUUGCCUAGGUGCAGUGGCUCACGGUUCUUAUAUUAUAUUAAAGGUUUCAGGGGAGAUAACUUAACGUAAAGAUAAAAGUUUAAUUAUCUGUGUUUAUUUAUCUCCCCUGAAGCUGUGUUGCCUCCCCUUAAGAAUGAGCUCUAUGGGCAAUUUUAAUAUGACCGCAAAUUUUUUUUUUUGGGUUCAUAUAAUGCUAAGAUGUUGUCGUCGGCAUCGUCUGCGUCGUCGUCCAAGACACAUUUGGUUUCCGGACAAUAACUUUAGUUAGAGUAAAUGGAUCUCUAUGAAAUUUUACUAGAAGGUUCAAUACCACAAAAGGAAGGUUGGGAUUGAUUUUGGGGGGUUAUGGUACCAACAGUUUAGGAAUUAGGGGCCAAAACAAGCAUAUUUGUAGUUUCUGGACAAUAACUUGUGUGUAAGUGUAUGGAUCUCACUGAAAUUGUACAACAAGGUUCCAUAUCACAAAGGGAAGGCUUGGAUUGAGUUUGGGGGUAAUUACUCCAAAAGGGGGGGGGGGGGGAGAUUUUUUUUCCAAUUUUUUGGGGGGUUCAUAUUUUUUUUCUUCAAAAUUUUUGAAAAGUUUCAAGAAGAAAUCUUCAAUUGCACAGUAUUGCGCAAUAGAUUUGCAUGUGAAAUACACUAUUUGUUGUCCCUAUCUGUCAUUGUAUACAUUUUUUCCUACAACUCCAGUGCUUCUCUGAAACAAUCUAACAGCAGUCAAGUGUGAAAGUUUCAUUCCAAAAAAAGGCUUUGGCUUUACAACUAAACAGGACAAGGAUUUUUUAUUCUAUGAACUUACAAAAAUUACUUAUUACAUAUUGAUGGGGUGAAAAUCUGAAUGCAGGAGAUAAUUCUUGAUAUCUGACCAUCAUAUUGAAAUGAAUUUCAUCUCAUUAAAAAAAAAAACGUCAAAAAGGAAAAAAUCAUUGAAAGGAAAUUUCAUAAAUACUUGUCUUGAUUUUAAUUACAUAUUGUAUUUUUUUGUUAUCUGACAGAAAUAUAGUACACAUGUACACUCAUAAUUUGUAAAAUAUUUGUUACAAUGUUUACUUUUUUUUUAUAUAUGUUACAGAAAAUAGAAAUAAAACUACAGUAUAACUAU